AUGGAAGAGAACAUUCCACGAAAAGUUCUUUGUAAUGAAUGUCAAUUUGAAUGGUGUUUCUUUUGUCAUUCACCAUGGCAUGACAAAAUGUCUUGUAAACAAUAUCAAAAAGGUGAAAAAAUGUUUCGAUCAUGGACUCAACGAAUUGAUCAUAAUCAAUUAAAUGCACAAAAAUGUCCUCGUUGUAAAAUUUAUAUAUCACGAAAUGGUGGUUGUCCACAUAUGAUUUGUUCAAAAUGUCAAUGUGAUUUUUGUUAUAAUUGUGGUCGAAGAAGAUUCGCUUGUAAAUUCUUUGGUUCACAUGAAAGUCGAUAUUCACCAUUAGGAUGUAAAUAUAAUUUAUAUCCUAAUAAACCUAUUCUUCGUCAUACAAUACGUGGAUUAGUUACUGGUGUUGCAGCGUUAGCAAUACCGAUUGCAGUUGUUGGUGUAGUUACAGUUUUAGCUGUUGGAACAACAAUUGCUGUGCCAAGUUAUGGAACAUAUCGUUUAAUUAAACAUAUUCAAUCAAAAAGAUAUGAACGUCAACAAAGACAUCGAAUAGAAACAAUAUCAAGACAGUGGACAACAAGGGAUAGUGUUUCAACAUUUGUUAAUGAACAAAAUACAGAAGUUGAUGAAAUUGAAAGAGCUAUUCGAGCAAGUUUAAUAACAUUUCGAGAAGAAAUAAUUCGAAGAGAAGAACAACGUGAAAUUAAUCCUUAUUCAAUCGGACAUUUUCAUCAUUUCGAUCAGAGUGAUUUAGAUGAUGAUGAUGAUUGUUUCGAUGAAUAA